GGUGUGGAGGCGAGGGUCUCUCCUCUCUCUUGUCUUCCCUCCCCCAGAAUAAGAUGGCGGCAGCCGUCGGACUGAGGAGUUUUUACAAGGCGACGGGGCGCCUGCUCUGCGUCCACCAUAUUAGAUUGUACAGUAACUUCCGUUCGCUAAAGGCGAAAUACAAUUGUGGGCUUGACAAGCCCUCAUGGAGGUAUCGAAAUCCACACCGAUUGUUCAGAACAACUAUUGUGUCACGUGGCCAAAUUGUCCAAUUCAAGCUAUCCGAUAUUGGAGAAGGGAUUACGGAGGUGACGGUGAAAGAAUGGUAUGUAAAAGAAGGCGAUGUUGUCUCACAGUUUGACAGCAUCUGUGAAGUCCAAAGCGAUAAAGCCUCUGUCACCAUCACCAGCCGUUACGAUGGCGUCAUUAGAAAACUCCAUUACAACUUAGACGAAAUUGCCCAUGUGGGGAAACCGCUAGUGGAUAUAGAAACAGCUGCCUUGAAAGAUGUUGCUCCCGAAGAGGACGUGGUCGAAACCCCUGCCGUGUCUCAUGAAGAACAGACCCACCAGGAGAUUAAAGGCCACAAAACUUUGGCAACUCCUGCCGUCCGCCGCCUUGCCAUGGAAAACAAUAUUAAACUGAGCGAAGUUGUUGGAACAGGGAAAGAUAACCGUAUCCUCAAAGAAGACAUUCUCAAUUACUUAGCCAAACAGACGGGAGCUAUUUUACCUCUAUCGCCAAAACCUGAAAUUGUCGCGCCGCCGCCGACAACGAAGCCUGCAGCGGAUAUGCCAAAGACGCCGAGAAUCCCUCUGCCCAUUUCCAAACCUGUCGUCAUUUCACAAAAAGAUAAAACAGUGGCCGUUUCAGGAUUCCAGAAGGUCAUGGUGAAAACCAUGUCUGCAGCGCUGAAAAUUCCUCACUUCGGUUAUUGCGACGAGAUUGAUCUCACGCAACUUGUCCGGCUGAGAGAGGAGCUGAAACCUGUAGCGCUCGAACGUGGAAUUAAACUCACCUUCAUGCCUUUCUUUUUAAAGGCCGCUUCUUUAGCCUUAUUACAUUAUCCGAUCCUCAAUGCUUCGCUGGAUGAAAACUGCCAAAACAUCACUUACAAGGCUUCUCACAACAUUGGAGUUGCUAUGGAUACAGGGCAAGGCCUAGUUGUCCCUAAUGUGAAGAAUGUCCAGGCCUGCAGUGUAUAUGAGGUCGCUUCAGAAUUAAACCGUCUGCAGAGCCUGGGGUCUGCCAAUCAGCUGGGAACAAGCGACCUCACCGGGGGAACAUUCACACUCUCCAACAUUGGCACAAUUGGCGGUACUUAUGCAAAACCCGUAAUUCUUCCUCCUGAAGUAGCUAUUGGCGCUCUUGGGAAAAUACAAGGCCUUCCUCGGUUUAAUGCGAAAGGUGAAAUAUUUAAAGCACAGAUAAUGAACGUGAGCUGGUCGGCCGAUCACAGAAUUAUCGACGGCGCAACCAUGUCCCGUUUUUCCAACUUGUGGAAAUCUUACUUGGAGAAUCCUGCUUUCAUGCUGCUGGAUCUAAAAUAAAGAGGACUAAUGCAUGGAUGCAUCGUUUAAAUUUUGAAACUGCUAUCAAGCUAGCUAUGCUAGCAAGUGUCCUUAAAUACUACAUUUCACAAUUCAGUGUGUGAAUUGUGUGAUCACUUACAAGAUGUGAUCGAUAGGCCUUUCUGAUCACCAGUCAGUGUACUGAUUAGCUGUUACAUUUUGUCGGGCUGAGUGGGUUAGUUUGUAAAUUAUUAGGCUAGAGACUGUCAUACUUUGGCUCUUUGGUGCGGCAGUGAGAAAUCUACGUUGAUAACAGGCCAUAUUCCACUACACUGACAUUGCCAGAUGAAGGUUACUAGCAUUUAUUUUUUAACUGCUUCUGCUGUUGGUAGUUUAAUCUUUUCUUUAUUGGAAACGGGGUUUUCUCUUUGACAAAACAAAAGGGAUGUUACCAAGUUUCUGAUGCAACAAACGCACAAAUCAUGUUCAAAUAAAAUGAUUUCAUUGCUUAUUUUAUUAAAUACAC